GCUGCCUGCUGGCUGCCUGGGCGCGCGGAGCGGGCUGGCGGCGGGCCGGUACCGGACGGACGGACGCGCUCGACCGGGGCCAGCCCUCAAGCCGAGCGGCCAGCAUGCGGCGGGACCUGGUUCCGUCGUGGCGACUGCUGCUGCCGCUUCUGUUGCCGCUCCUGCGGGUCUCCCCGCUCGCGGCGCUGCCCGUCACCCAGCUGUUCCAGCAUGGGAAGUGGGGGGACCAGCUGCUGAAGGAGGGCGACGACGAGAGCGCCGAGGUGACUUUGACGCAGCCCCUGCACUUCUUCGAAGCCGAGUUCAGCAAGCUCUACGUGAGUACUAACGGCAUCAUCUCCACCCAAGUUUUACCUAAGGAGGACCAGUACUUGGACCAAGAUUUCCCCACCGACUUCCCAUCCAUGGCCCCCUUCCUGGUCGACCUGGACACAAGUGGGGGCUCCGGACAGGUGAUGUACCGCGAGGACAAGACCCCUGCCGUGCUGGUGCUGGCUGCCAACUUUGUGCACAUAGGCUUCCCCGAGACAGCCUCGCAGUUCUCUCCCAACCACUCUUUCCUGGUCACCUGGAAGCAGGUGGGCGCCUACCAGAAAGACAGAACCCCAGAAACCCCUUCCAAAGAGGUGAAUACUUUUCAGGCAGUUAUGGUGUCUAAUAAAACUGAUACAUAUGCCCUUUUUCUUUAUCCCACUGAUGGCCUUCAGUUCUUUGAAACACACCCCAAAAAACUUAACAAUUCCGAACUCAUGCUUCCAGCUCGGGUGGGCUUCUGCCGAGGGCAUCUAAAGGACCAGAUGGAGGGACCCUUUAUCAGAUUUUCUUACGCUGAAGAGAUUCUGAAAAAUCUCUCCCGACAUAGCAACCUCGGGAUCCCUGGAGUAUGGGGUUUUCAUAUCGGCAGCACCUCCCCCUUGAAAAAUGUCAAGCCAGCAGUAUUUUCAGAAUUUUUUUCCAGACCCUACCCUCCAGCUCACCAUGAGCAUUCCUUCAACCAAGAAGAUUCCCUUCAAAAUGUCAAUGCCAAAGAAAAUGCGAUUUAUUAUUAUGGGAAUAAGGAGCUGGUGGACCACUCGUUUCAUCCAGAGAGAUUAAAAACCAGCCAAGGUCACACACACAAGGAAAGUUGUAAAAAUAACCAAAAAAAGUGCUCACAAAAUGCCUACUGUAAGAACUAUGCCACUGGCUUCUGCUGCCACUGUCACACCAAAUUCUUCGGUAAUGGGAUGCACUGUCUGCCUGAAGGGGCUGCAAACCGAGCCAGUGGGAAAGUGAGUGGGCACCUCAUCGUGGGCAAUAAACCCAUGAACUUCUCCAACUUGGACAUGCACAGUUACAUGGUAGGCAAUGAUGGCAGAGCCUACACAUCCCUCAGCUCCUCAACACUGACUAUUGCCUGGGCCUUUCUCCCCCUCAUCCCCAUUGGGGGUCUGUUUGGCUGGCUCUUUGCUUUAGAAAAACCAGGCUGGGAGAAUGGCUUCCGACUUACAGGAUCUACCUUUAACCAGAACAUGAACAUCACUUUCUACCCAGGAGGGGAGAGUGUUCAAAUCAUUCAAAAAACUGAUGGAUUUGACUCUGAGCUUAAUAUGUACGUUACUACCUAUAUGAAAGGCCAUCUGCCUUACGUUGCAGAAAACUCCACUGUCAAAAUAGAACCCUACAAAGAGAUUUAUAACUACUCAGACUCAACUGUGACUUCCAUAAGUAUCAGGAACUACACUGUUACAUCUGGUGAUGUCACUGAGAAAAAGUCCUACCUCGUCAACCAGACCAUCACUUAUGAGAAGUGCAGACACUCGCUCAGUCAUGAACCGCUUCACUCCACCCAAAUGCUCACUGUGGAUCGAGUCUUUGUCUCAUACCGAAAAGGCGAAAAUAUGCUUACAUAUGCUGUGAAUAGUCAUAUUGGUCCUGCUGAAGAUGAACAUGAUGAAACCACAAUGAAUCCGUGCUUCCGUGGAACUCAUAACUGUGACAUAAAUGCUCAGUGCUAUCCAGAGUCAGGUGUGCAGUACACCUGCCAGUGCAAACAUGGGUACCAUGGGACUGGAUUGACAUGUCUGGAUAUUAAUGAAUGUUCAUAUGACUUACACAUCUGUGGCCCCCACUCCAUUUGCAUCAACCUGAUAGGAAGCUACCUUUGUGAUUGUAUCAAGGGUUAUCGGCUUGGUGAAGACCUUCGCUCUUGCCAUUUAAUUGAACAAGUUACCAACCCCUGUGAGGAUGGCAGCCAUACCUGUGCUCCUGCAGAUCAGGCUGAGUGCAUCUUUGAUGGUGAACGCUCAUUUACUUGUGUCUGUCAUCCAGGCUAUACAGGCAAUGGGCAUCAGUGCACUGAUAUUGAUGAAUGCUCAGAAUACAAAUGUCACAACUAUGCUACCUGUUAUAACACACCGGGCUCCUUUUCCUGCUACUGCCAACCUGGAUAUACUGGAGAUGGCUUUCAUUGCACAGAGGAAAUAAAACCCUGUGAAAAACAGUUUCGCGAUGCUCUGGCUCAGUCCACCAACCCUCAGAAGCGGAUCCAUAUCCCACAAUGCGAUGAGAAGGGCGACUUCAUGCCCCUACAGUGUCAUGCCACCACUGGCUUCUGCUGGUGUGUGGAAACUGAUGGUAAAGAGGUGCCCGACACGCAGACUCCACCAGGCUCUAAUCCUCCUCGGUGCGGGCCACCAGAGGUCGACUACAGACCCCCAACUGUAUGUCAGCGCUGGCGGGAGCAGCUGCUGGAAAUAUACGAGGGUCAACCCAAGGAUGACCAGUACCUGCCGCAUUGUGACGACCAGGGUGAGUUCACUCCAAUGCAGUGCCAAGGCAAAAGCGACUUCUGCUGGUGUGUCAACAAAGAAGGCAAAGAAGUGUCACGGCCCCAUGUUUCACCACAGGGCACCCUUCAAUGUACAACAACCACAUCUGAUGAAGCCCUGGUCCAGUCCACCACUCAUCCUAAGAUCAAACGUCCCUUCCUGCUCUAUGCCCAGGGCACGCAGAUUGGCUAUGUUUCUCUUAAUUGCUCCCAUUUUCAGAAGGACAAACAUAAGCCCCUGCUGUCACUGCAGGGCUCCAUUGCCGUGGGAAUUGACUAUGACUGCAAAGAUGAGAUGGUAUACUGGACAGAUGUUUCUGCACGCACAAUUAGCCGCGCUAAACUGGAACCAGGGGCAGAACGUGAGAUCAUUAUUGACACAGAGCUGAUCAGCCCUGAAGGACUUGCCAUCGACAUAUACCACAGAAGGAUGUACUACACCGACAGUGUCCUGGAUAAAAUAGAGUCGUCCAAGCUAGAUGGUUCUGCACGUGAGGUCCUCUUCAACCAGAACCUGGUGAACCCCAGGGCCAUCACUUUGGAUCCGGACCGAGGCUAUUUAUACUGGACAGACUGGAACCGAGAAGGUCCUAAAAUUGAAAUGUCUACUUUAAAUGGAAGAGAUAGGAAAAUUCUGGUGAAUCAACAUCUUGCUCUACCCAACGCUUUAACCUUUGACCGAGUCAACAAACAGCUGUGCUGGGCAGAUGCAGGAACUAAUACUCUGGAGUGUGUUCAGCCUAAUGGAUCUGGACGAAAACUCAUUUACAGCAACCUCAACCACCCCUUCAGCAUUGUCAGCUAUGAAGAUCACUUCUAUCUCACAGACUGGAGGAGGGAUGGUAUCAUAGCAAUAAACAGAACCAGUGGCCAGUUUACUGAAGAGUACCUCCCAGAGCAGCGAACUCAUCUCUACGAAAUAGCUCUUGUCCAAUCCAGCUGCCCAGUAGCAAAAUAGAAUAUUGCAUCUAAAAGAAUCUGGACUCCACAGAAUAUUGUAAACAGCUGAAGUGAAAAAGGAAGCAGCGUGGGAAAUGCCUGGUUCCUGGACAUAGAAGACAGAUUCAUUUUUUUUUAGUACAAAAAGACUCAAGUGUAUUUUGUGAAAAGUUUAUACCUCAAUCUUUACUACUGUAAUUUUUUUUAAACAAAUGUUAUCACAAGAUUUAAAAGGUAACUAAUUAUUGCACUUGUAUUUAAGAGGUCAAAUUCAUUCAAAUAACAAACGACUAUGUUAAGACUCUAAAUUGGUUUUUGCUGUGUAUACUUUCAGGUCAAGAAAUUUAAAAUUAUUAAUAUACGAUCCCCCAACAUCAUAGCAACAUAGGGAAAGCUAUGCAGAACCGAUGGAAAAGAGCCAGCUUAUAUACCACCUCCC